AAUCGAACUUGGAGGCCAAAGCGGGCCACGGCGCCACCGUGGCGCUUUGGAAUGUCCCUCGUGAUGCCGCCGCAACCCUGCUCAGACCUUCCGAUUAUCAAAGCCGUCGACUUCCAGUUGUAGUCAAGAUCGUUGCUAUGUUCCAUCAUUCCAAGCAUGGAACAUUCGCGCAGGGACAAUAUAUAUCCUCGUAAAAUAAGCAUCAAGCAGCUCGUAUCAUCAAGGUCGCAAGAGCGUUCGCGGCUGCUUCAGUUCACCGAAGUCUACAGUCGCUCCUCAAAUGUUCCGUUCGAGACCACUGCGCGGCCCCGGUAGUCCCCCCGCCCGGCGUGGCCGGGCGGUCGUCGCGAAUCCUCGCCGCGUUCAUCCGUAUUAUAAUGCCGCACAGCCUGGACUUCAAACAGAAGGAGACCCGCCCCGUGGUGGAGCGCCACAGCCGACAGCACCCCCGCGUAACAUCCACCCGCAACCCGGCGGAGAUUCUCCUCCAGCGUCGCCGCUCAAGACCCCUCGUCCCAAUCCCAAGGCCAAGGCGAAGGACCGCCGCCGGGGCCGUGCACUUGCCGCCCAACGAGCCCUGGCCAGGGAUCUGGAGGGGCAGUUCGAGCCCAUCUCAGAGGAAGCCGCGGUCGAGAUACUCGAGGCCUACACGGACCCCGCGCACGACGACGUGGUGUUCGGUCAGCCGCUAGAUCAGUACGACCUCCACAUGGCCAACGAGCUGGCGCGGAUGGAGAGGCGCGAACCGUGGCUCAGAGCUUUGCAUGAGGCGGAGCACAAGGUGCAGCGCGCGAAGCAUUCGUCUCGGGCGCAGCAGUGGAAGCAGCGCGACGUGGAGUACCGCGCACGCAUGGCGCAGGAACUCGCACCCGAGACAGAGCUGGGGAAGGCCAUAGCGGAGGAGCAGGAGAAGCGCCGCCACGAAGAGGAGCUCAAGAUCGAGGCGAAACGGCGACGGCGGUUACUCAAGCAGCAAGCAAGGCUCAAGAAGCGACGCGCUGAAGAAGAAGCUCGCAGAGAGGCGGAGCGGCUGGCCGAGGUCGAGAGGCUCAACGAGCUCCACAAGCAGCGCAUCGAAGAAGAGAAGCGCAAGCAAGAAGAAGAACAACGCAGACGCGAGGACGAGAUACGCAAACGUGAGGAAGAGGAGCGACGCGCCGAGGCUCAACGGAAGGCGAAAGAGGAGUGGGAGCGGGGGAGGGAGCGCCGCCAAGCCAACACAGAACAGCGGCUCAUGGAAGAGGCAGAGCAGGCUCGUGGCUUCGUGGAGGCCCUCCAGCUCUACGACAAGAAGUGGGAGGUGCUGAAGUCGACAGAGGCCCCGACGGACAUUCCGGGGGACAUGAUGCCUUGGCCGGUCUUCCACACGGUGACUUCUCCGGAGAGCAUAACCUACGACGCCGUGAAGGAGUUCAUCCUGCCACCCGCUUCGUCCGAGCGCAGAAGGGAUGCCUUCAAGGAGGAAGAUUGCCACCGAACUGCUCCGGUGGCACUCUGA